ACGAGAGUGGAUAUGGAGGCCGAGAUGCGUUCCUUCGACAGCUUAUAAGAAUGAGCAUCGAUUCGGUGGAGGGUGCUGCUGCUGCUGCUGCCGCACGACUCGAUAGGAUUGGAGCUGGCGCCGUGGGUGGUUCGACUCCCUCCCGUGCUCUGCAGGAGUUGAGGCGUUUUUCACUGGGGAUUGUGGAUUAGCUUCUUUCAGAGGAGCAGGAGCAGGAUUAGAAUAGCAAGGAAUAAUAAAGUAUUGGCGAAGUGAGAAAUAGUCGAGAGUCAGCUUCUUUGAGAGGAGGAGGUGUAGGAGCAGGAGGAGGAUUCGAAGGACCAGGAAUCAUACAGCGUAGUGGAAUUGAGGAGUAGUCGAGCGAGCGUAGCUCUGCUUUGGUGGAGGCUGCGAAUUUGGACGAAAUGGCGAUGAGGGAUUUGGUCAUGGGAGGUGGUGCCUGUGUGGUGCCGGGCGGCGACGGAGCUUCUUCCUCGUCGAAUCCUCUCGGUGGUCUCGCUGACUCCCUGCUCGGCGGUGCAUCUAAGACUCAGGAACGGAUUCGUGAGCUUCCCGGAUUGGCAGGACCAGGGCAGUCAGCAGAUCUCGGAGGGAGACCUCUAACUUAUCUUCCAGGAUCCGAAUUUGAGAAUGAGUUCGACCAGCGGGCUUCUGCGCAAAAUUCACAGUUUCUACAAAGAUUUGGUAGCAAGUUUUCGGAUGCUUGGGGUGACGCAGUUAAUGGACAUAUGAUGCCUCCGGUUGCUCAUCAUGAUCGCGAGCAAGAAGCAGCUUUCAGAAAUUUCGAGGCCCUUUACCCAGGAAUGGAUUCUGCGGGUCGACCACCUCUAGCUUUGGAUGCACCUCCACAGAGGGUUUUAUCAGGAUUUUUCCAGUCGUUCCUGGACAGUAGUCGUAUGGAUGGUCCAUUCAAUGCAGUUCGCCUUCCUGAGCUUGGCUUAUCAGAAGCUGACAAGAGACGUAUACGCGAUCGAAGCAGUAUCAUGGGUCGACAUUUUUUUGCCGACAAGGGGGAUGAAUAUGUUAAUGCCCGAGUCAAUGCACUUUUACAAUCUCUGGAUAUCGACAACAACCUCAAGUUUCGUGAGCCAAUGGGUGGUCGACAUCCAGAAAUGGAAGGUUACUGGAAUGAAGUUAUCGGAGCUAGACCCGGAGGUCGGCCAUUGCCGGAUCAAUGGGCGGAGGAUUUCCACCAACACCACAGGAUUCCUGAGCCUGGGGGGUGGGCACAAGAGUUUGAGGCUCAGCACAAUGGUGAAUCGUGGGGGGAUCAAUUUGGCGAGCAUCAGCAACAAAUGGCCGCGAGAGGUCAAUUCAGGAAUGGUGAGAUGAACAAUAUGGCAGCUCUGGAGCAGACACGAUCACUUGUGAACACUCUGGCGCAGAAUCAGGACCCAAAGUUCCAGAAUUCCAAGUUUCUUCAGUUCGUUUCUAAAAUGAGCCGAGGAGAACUUAUUGUCGAGGACAAUCAAGUCAAGCCUGGAGUAACAAAUGACUGGGCCAAUGAAUUUCAGCAGCAGCAUUUGCCACCGGGCGAUCAAUGGGCAUCUGAAUUUAUGGGAGAGCAUCAACAUCGAGGCGAUAGAUGGGGCGACGAGUUUGCUCGCAGACACCAAGAAGCUCCUUCGACAAGUGAUGAUUGGGUGAAUGACUUCUCACGGCUUCACGUUCAAGACUGGGCAGACGAGUAUGCCGAACAAGUGGCCAAAAAUCCAUAUGGAGAUGGUUCUCAUGAGAGUUGGUUAGAUUCAUACGACAAAUUUGUUGGGGAGCAGAUGACCGAUUUGCCAAACAGAACAGCCUCUUCGAAGUUCGUGUAUGUGUUUGCUGAUCAAAAUCCGUACGUUGGGCAUCCAAACCCUCUGAAAGAAGGUCAAGAGCUUUUCCGCCGAGGUUUGUUAAGUGAGGCAGUUUUAGCUUUGGAAGCUGAACUUUUGAAAAACCCUGAGAAUUCUGAAGGCUGGAGACUUCUGGGCAUCACACAUGCAGAGAACGAUGAUGAUAAACAGGCUAUUGCUUCAAUGGUGCGAGCAAGAGAUGCCGACCCGACUAAUCUGGAAGUACUUCUAGCUCUUGGGGUUGGUCACACGAACGAGCUGGAGCAAGCCGAAGCUUUGAGAUAUUUGGGAGGUUGGUUACAAAAUCAUCCCCAAUAUAGCAAGUUUGUACAACAGGAUGUCAACUCUUUAAGCCAUUCUCAGGUUACGCAAAUGGUGAAUGAGGCUGCGUUAGUCGCUCCAGGCGAUGGUGAUGUUCACACAGUUUUGGGAGUUUUGUACAACCUUUCCAGAGAGUAUGAUAGGGCUAUUCAAAGUUUCCAAAGAGCUCUUGAGUUGAAGCCUCGGGAUUAUUCGCUUUGGAACAAGUUAGGUGCUACUCAAGCCAACAGUGCCCGAAGUGCUGAUGCUAUUUAUGCUUACCAACAGGCUCUGGACUUGAAACCUAAUUAUGUGCGAGCAUGGUCAAAUAUGGGCAUCGGUUAUGCAAACCAGGGUCGAUACGAGGAGUCAAUCCGCUACUAUGUCCGUGCUCUGGGAAUGAAUCCAAAAGCAGAUAAUGUUUGGGAUUAUCUCAAAAUUUCGCUCAGCAGCUGCGCAGCUCGGUGGGAUAUGAUGGAAGCUUGUGAGCGCAGAGAACUUGAGCCGUUGCAAAAAGAGUACCCCUUGUAAGCUUCGUAGGAGUUUUAAUACAUAUAGCUUCACCGCUACUUGAAUUCUUGAAUAUGGCAGUUGGAGAGGUAUGUGAACAAUUUCACCAACGUUAUUGUUUCUGUUCUCCAACUGCCAGGAAAGAAGUUAGAUUAGACAUUUGCACAACAGUGAGAUGAUCUUUGCCAUUGAUCUGUGUAAUCUUGUAAGUUGUGUGGGAAACCCCACUGAAGUGAUCAAUAGUUUGGAGUGUAGGCACUCCUCAAUACUAGCCCAUCCUAUAGUUUCGUACACGAGAUAGUACCUGCUCUGUAAAUGCUGAGACUUCAAAUCACCCCAGCUGGUUUUACCCGUGACGGUUUCCCGAUGGAAAUCUUGUAUAUUGAAAGUUCGAAUCAUAGGUCGAAUGAGGACUAUUACGCAGUGCUCUCUGGGUUCAACCGAAUUUGCCAUUCUUAGUUAUCGGCAGAAUGUGCUGUGAGUCAAUUCAAAUCUCACUGCUUCAAUUGUUAUUGAAGAUGUAUUUUGCUUCAAGCUUGUACAGAGAGUUGUUGUCUCCUAAGAGUGUCGCCAAAUUGUUGUGGCGUGAUCAGGAAGUACACAUUCUCGUAGGAACCCUAUGUCAGAUUAUUGAAUCUAUUCUUGUGUUAACGGAGGGAAUUAUCAAAACCGC